AGGUACGGUGAGCACUUGGGUUUGCUUGUUCGUGCAGCCGGAUCGCACCGCCUCCGCCCACGCACGCACGUGUAGAAUCCGGGGAACGUAACGUAGCACCGCUUCACAACGGCACGCCUUUUAGUGUUUCCUUAUGUCCUCCACUACCCUUUCCCCUCCCCCUCCCCCACAGCCACUACCGGCGUUGGAGUCGUUCAUCGAGGUCCUCCCGGUCCCCCCGCUGCACGAUCGCCGGCGUGGUGUUGUGCGCUUUGUCGGUCUCACCGACUUCGCACCCGGCGAGUGGGUCGGCGUGGAGCUCGUCGGCAGUGAAGGCCGCAACGACGGCUCGGUGAAGGGUCAGAGCUACUUCAAAUGCCUGCCGGGGCAGGGCGUCUUCGUGCGACCGAAUCUGGUCGUUCCCUACGAGCCUGCGAAAACGACGGAUGUCAACAGCGCGCCGCAACCGUCGCUGACCACGACGGCGGACUUAGAGGCACAACUCGCCGUGCUGCAGCAGCAAGCAGCAGAAAGCGCGGCAGCACAAGCGAAGUUGAGCGACGCACUGCAGAGUGCAAAAGACGAACUUGUCAGGGUGAAGGCCGACGCAGAAGCGCGGAAGGCCACUGACGACGACGACGACUUCGCGGCCCAGGUGCGUCUGGAGGAAGAGCGCUUCGCCCUGCAGAAGCAGCUGGAGGCGUAUCAAGUGGAGCUGCAGGCAGCAAUCGCAUCUUCCCGCACAGCGCAAGCGGCUCAGGCAGUAGCAGAGGCACGUGCCACGAGUGCGCAGGUGGCACAGCAGCGCAGCGAAGACGCACGCGCGCAGCUGCAAGCGCAUGCUGACGACUUACAGAAAGAGCUCGCGAAGGUGCACGCAGACUCGACGGCAACGGUGACUACCGCCCAAGGAGAGGCUGUCAAGAAAGAGGAGAGCGUGAUGAACGCGCUGCCACAACUACAGCAGCAGCAGCAGCUGCAGCAGCCACCUUCCUUGAACUCGACGACAACGGAACAGCUCGAGUCUCUGCGUAGCGAACUUCAACGAAGCAAAUUGGAGACGCAGCAACUGCGCUGCGUGCGCGACGAUCUCGAAGUGGCGAAAGAAAUGUGUAGAAAUGAAUUAGCGGAAGCGAAGGCGCAUUGGGCCGCUUCGGAAGAUCGAACACGGGCGGUAGAGAAGCGCCUGGAAGACGAGCAGCGUAAGCGUCGCGGGGAGGCGGAGGAGACGAACGCGGCACACGCCGCCAUCUUGGCCGGGCUUCGUGCGGAGUUGGAGGCUCUGAAAGGAGAGAAGGCAAACCUGGAGAGCCGUGCAGCAGCGGAGCUGCGUGCGACGGAGGAGCGCCUGACAUACGAAAGAGACGCCGCGCUGCGUGCGCACGAAGCGGAGGCCCAAAAAGCUCUCGCCGCCAUGCAGCACGAGAAAGACGAGCUGCGGGAGCUGUGCCAGCUUCUCGAGGACGAAUUAAAGGAGGAGAAAAGUCAGUCCGACGAGCUGGCGCGGCUGGUGGAGAAUCUCGGGUCAGAACAGGCAUCCUCACAGGCCGCGGUGGACAACGCACAGCAGCAGACGGCGGGGGAGAGAGACCGGCUGCGCCGCGAGGUGGAGGAAGCACGGGCACGCGAGGUGCAUCUCAUGGCAGCGAUGGAAGCCGCCCAGCAAGAGAAGGACGCCGCGCUGCGGCUGGUGGAAACAGAGAGGAUGAGUGCAGCAGUACCGCCAGACGGACAAGCGGCAAAGAAUGCAGCGGCCGCACACCUCGCGGUGGAAUCCGCGAGCACGUCGAAUGAAGUGUCGCUGGCAUCUCCGGUUGACGAUGCCGCCGCGCUGGAGAGGUACCGCAACGAACUGGAUGAAGCGCACGUGCGCAUUAUGCAGCUGACGAGUACGCAGCAGGUGGCGCAGGACCUGCAGCAACGCUGCGACGAGCUCUCUCGUGCGGGGCAGCAUCAACGCCUUGAAGCGCAAAAGCGGCUGGAUGAAGCGCAGAACGAGGCAGCGGCAGCCGCUGCCAAAGCGAUGGCGGAAAUCACGCUGUGGAAGCGGCAGUGCGCGGCGGCACAGCGAAGUGCGGCGGACCUCGCCAAUGUCGUGGCGGAGUUGCAGCAGCAACUUGGCAAAGACGACGCCGCUGAGAGCUCUGUGGGCCGUCACAAGACUUUUCCUCUUUCUUUGGGAUCAAGAUUAGACGCCGGUCGCGAGAGACGUUAUGAGGAGCGCAUUGCGGCGCUUACCCGGCAGCUGCUGGAGCACCAGUCCGCGCGCAUGUCAACGGUGUCUGCCUGGCCGAGUUUCUCCGCGCAGAGAAACUCAAAUGUGAGAACUAAUGACGCGUCGUCCGGCUUGUCGCGGUCGCCGGUGAAGCUCUUGGAUUUUAGUAGCCCUGAGGCAUGUAAAGCAUCCGUCCACUCCCUGUUCCGUGCAGCGUAA